CAUUCGUUCAUUCAAUUCCAUUCAUUAUUUGUUUGUCGUUGAUGGUGAAUUUCAUGUUUAUUUUUUGUAAACUUUGGAUAGAUAUUCUUAGUACAAUUUCAUCCUAGGAAUUGUAUAAAAAUUAUGUUAAAACAUGGAUGCCAUGUUUGAUAUCUGUUAUCUAGCAAGCACUGACGGUAACAAUGUUGAACCAGAUGAUAUUCCAAAGACAAAGGAAAGUGUAUGGAUCCUGGGGAAAAAAUAUAGUGCUAUCCAGGAUUUAGACCGUAUCAGACGCGAUAUUACAUCAAUAAUCUGGUGUACAUAUAGGAAAGGAUUCAUUCCUAUAGGAGAUGAAGGUCUCACCUCAGACAAGGGUUGGGGGUGCAUGCUCCGAUGUGGGCAGAUGGUGCUGGGAGUGGCACUUGUUAGGAUACAUUUAUCUGCAGACUGGGUUUGGACACCGGAAACAAGAGAUCCAACAUAUUUAAAAAUAGUACAAAGAUUUGAGGAAAGAAAACAAGCACCAUAUUCCAUCCAUCAAGUGGCAUUGAUGGGCGCAUCGGAAGGAAAGGAGGUGGGCCAGUGGUUUGGCCCCAAUACUGUUGCACAAGUUCUAAAAAAAUUGGUUGUAUAUGACAAAUGGAGUUCCCUAGUGAUACAUGUUGCGUUGGACAACACUGUAGUCAAAGAAGAUAUUUUACAGCAAUGCAGCAUGCACAAUGACAGAGGCGACUCUUCCACGGCAACAGACAUUGCAGUCACUGACUGGAUGCCGCUACUGUUGAUCGUACCACUGAGACUUGGUUUAAGUGAAAUUAAUCCUGUGUAUGUAAAUGGACUGAAGAUAUGUUUUAAGUCGGCGCAAUCAAUUGGAGUGAUAGGUGGUAAGCCGAAUCAAGCUCUGUACCUGAUAGGGUGUGUUGAAGACGAAGUCAUAUACUUGGAUCCUCACACAACUCAAAGAUCUGGAUUAGUAGAGAAUAAACUAACAGACGAACAGAAAGAAAUGGAUUGCACGUAUCACUGUAGAUUCGCAUCUCGGAUACCAAUGCUUGCAAUGGAUCCGUCGGUGGCUGUGUGCUUCCUGUGCCGAACCAGAAGUGACUUCUACGAAUUAUGCAAUACAAUAGAAAAGGAUUUGAUGAAAGAAACCCAACCAUUAUUCGAAAUAUGCGAGAAACGACCUUCCCACUGGGGUCCCAGCACGGCUGAUAUUGAUUUACAGAACACGUCUCUUUUUACAGAAUUCGAAGAUGUAGAUAGACAAUUCGACGACUCAGACGACGAGUUUGAAAUUCUGUAGCACUUCCAUGAUGAUAUUGUAUCCAUCACAAACGUGUUUAUUGUAGAUAGAAUUUAAUAUAUGAAAAUAUAAAGCUAUUAUAAUCGUACUUAUGUAUUGGUUGGCAAUGUCAACGCAUUGCAAAUGAAUUUUCAAAAUCAUUAUUGAGUGGUGAAUUCGUUUUGUAUAUCGCGAUAGUUCAUAUAAAUAAACAGAGCUGUUAUAUAGACUGGAUUAGAAUAAAACGGUAAAUUUAUAUUUUGCAGUGCCUUUACAAGUAACUGAAUUUUAAAGGGGCCGUUGCCUGUGGCUUCGUUUUGUCCUUAUGUUUUUGUGUACAAAGAUAAUUUUCAUGGACAUGAUAAGAAAAUUCACUUGAUCAAACGUGAUUCCAUAUUGCAAGUCAUUGUAUUAUGAUAAUAUAUAGAAUCUGAUGUUACAUAAGGCCUGAAAUUGCAAUCCUAUGAAGGAUGUUUGUUUUGUUUGAUCAAUCGAGAAGUUAAAAGGCAACAAAGACUAACAUUUUUUAUAUUAAAAACAUGUGAUAUAUAUUAUUUAUUUGAUGUUACUAUAAUAUAUUUGGGGAAGAAAAAAUUAUCACGAAGAAGAUAUUUAGCAGUUUCUCCAUUAACUAUUGGCUUUGGAAUUUGAAUUAUAGGGGAGUUAUUGCUACUAAAACGAUGGAUAUUCGUUUCAUACGCAAAAUACAUCUUUUUUACAUCCUUGAUGGAGUAUUGAUUAACUCAUCCUUUAUUUUCGUUUAUAUUAUUAAUAACGUACAUUAAGAGGUUUUUAUUUUCUAGUCAAAUACUGGCAUACUGGAUAUUUUUUUUACAAAGAAUUUUCUUUUUAUUCAUCCUUACCGUAUAAUAUAUUUUUCGCAUUUUAUAUUCAUGCUAUUUAAUGUAUAUAAGUUGUAUAACGGAGCCAAUUAUUAUGCCAUUAGAUGUAAUUAGAUAUAUUGCUCUGUUGACCAUGAAGAUUGAAGUCAAUGAUUCGAAUUCUUUUAAACAUAAUUUUGGCCAUGUGCACUAGAAUGGUCUAAACGCCAUUACAAAAGGGUCUCAACAAAAAUUCCAUUUAAUUUAAACGUUUAAUGACUCUGUUGCCUUUUUAGAAUUACUGACAUUCAUUUCAUCUGAAAGGCAAGUGGAAAUGAAACUGUUCGAAUGUUUGUCACAGAUGAGUAGUAAAGGAAUGUGUGGCGCGCGAUCCACGACUAAUACAAUGGUUUACGUAUUAUAGUCAAGGGGCCUUUUUCCACCUACAAGGACAUAUCCAUCUUUUUGCAAUUACGGGAAACUUCGAUAACCGUAUAAGUAAGAGUAAGAAAAACCCCUACUUACUUAUACGGCUAUCAAAGCUUCGAUUAGAACAUCCGUAAUUGCAAAAAGAUGGGUUCCCACGUAGAUGGAACAAGGCCCCCACAGAACUUAUUUUCGAUGAAUUCACUAUAUUAUGAACGCAUAUUAUUACAUUUUAAGAUGUUAUUUUAAGUUAAUUUCUCACGACGAAAACAAAAUGUACAGACUAGAUAAUGCAUAAAAAUGUUUUCAAAUUGCAAGUUCGUUAGAGCUGCCAAAGAAGCAACUAUUUUUAAAUAAAAUUGAUAACAUAAA